GAGGUCUCGUUCAGUGCUCGCUCACAGCAUACAGAGGAAUUUCUCAGCUCUAACAUACUGAUUGUGACAAUGCCAUGGCUCAUUGUUGCUCUGAUGAUGGCUGCUUUGUCAACAGAGGUCUACACCACCGGCAGUUUGAAAUCCACCCACUACAGUAAAGAUCAAUCAAUACUCAAAGCCCUGAGAGAUUUAAGCCAUGCAUCAAUGCCACCAUCAGCAAAUACUGGGAAUUUACGUGCUGUUGAAAUCCAUUUAACUGAUGGAAAGUUUCUCAGGACAGGAUGGUGGAUCCCAAAGGUGGUCCUCCCUCAGACUAUGAAGAAACGUCAAGAUGUAUCCUCAUACAACCUCAAUUCUUUUGGUCUACGUUAUGGAAAAUGACACAAAACCUGAUGUCUGUUGUUAUUCUGUGUUAGGUCUGAUGUUUUCACAGAUUAAAUUCAUUUGUAUAUUCAGAGUGAAAGAAAAUACAUAAUGUUGCUCAA